AUGGAAACUAACACUACACCAUAUCAUAGAAUAAAUAAAUUUUUUCUGAGUGUCAUCGGUCAAUGGCCGCAUCAAUCAACAAAAUCAAAAUGGAUUUGUUACCUUAUUUUAUUUUUUUUCUGUUCUACUCAGGGUUAUCUUCAGACUGCAGGAAUGAUAGCAGCGCGCAUUGAUAUCGAUGUUUUUUUGGAAGCCAUUCCAACAGUUUUGGCUGAUGUUAUUUGCGGAAUUAAAAUGUUCAACUUUUCAGUCAAUGCUGCAAAGAUGAAAAAAUUACUUCUUACGAUGGAAGAAGAUUGGAAGAUGUACGCAUCGGGGCCUGAAAAUAAAAUUUUGAACGAGUACGCUCAUUUUGGGCGUAAAGUUACUAUAUACUAUACAGGUGCACUUUAUGGUACACUGGCACCUCUAGUUAUAGUACCAAUUACUCCACUUAUACUUGAUGUAAUAGCUCCUAUGAAUGAAAGCUAUCCGAAACAUUUGAUGUUUCAACAAAUCGAAUUUCUAGUUGACGCUGAGAAAUAUUUUUACCCAUUAUUCAUUCAUAAUUAUAUGGGGACCGUUGCAUUUUUGACCAUUAUUAUUGCAAUUGACACGAUGCUCAUGGUUUAUAUUCAACAUGGGUGCGCUAAAUUUGCAAUACUUGGAUUAUGUUUGGAACGAAUUGCCAAAAAUGACCAAAAUAUCGACCGGUCUACAGCAGAAUUCGAUGAUAUUGAUUACAGGGAAAUAGUCAAAUGCAUUGCUAUUCACAACCGCGCAAUUGAAUUUGCGAAUCUUAUUGAAGACGCCAAUCAUCUUAGUUUUCUCAUUGUCAUUGGAAUCAACAUAAUAAUGAUGACAACAUCUGCUUUAGUGGCGGUUUUCAAACUGGCGAUGAAUGACACAGAGAUAGCAGGAAGAUUUGCAUUUUUUACUUUAGGUGAAAUUUGCCAUAUUUUUUACAGCAGCUGGCAGGGAGAGUUAAUUUUGAAACACAGUGAAUCAAUAUUUUAUUUUGGUUACCAAGCAAACUGGAAUAACACAUCAACACGUUCCCAAAAACUUAUGGUACCAUUACUACUAAGAAGCGCAAUACCUUGUAGAAUAACUGCAGGAAAAAUGUUUGAAAUGUCAUUAAAAAGUUUCAGUAUGAUUGUAAAAACAUCAUUUUCAUACCUUACUGUGUUUGCAUCCAUGCGUGUUUAA